AUGCUGUCCCAGCUACCACUCCUGCUCCUCUUGCUGCUGUCCCCAAAGAGUGGGCAUGGCUGCCACGGGCCAGAGCUGGACCGGGCACUUGUCCUGGCCAAGGUGAGGGCCCUGUUCUUGGAUGCUUUGGGGCCUCCGGCACUGGCUGGGGAAGGUGGGGAUCCUGGAGUCAGGCGACUGCCCCGAAGACAUGCCCCGGGGGGCUUCCUGCGCAGGGGCUCUGAGCCCAGGGAGGAGGAGGAUGUCUCCCAGGCCAUCCUUUUCCCGGCUACAGGUGCUGGCUGUGCGGUUGAGUCAGCUGCUAGAGAGCUGACCCAGGAGGCCGAGGACGGCCUCUUCACAUAUGUGUUCCGGCCGUCCCAGCACACGCGAGGCCGCCAAGUGACUUCAGCCCACCUGUGGUUCCACACGGGCCUGGCCAGGCAGAGCGAAGCGGCCUCCAAUAGCUCUGGGCCCCUGCUAAGCCUGCUGGCUCUGUCAUCAGGGGUCCCCAUGGCCGUGCCCGUGUCGUUGGGCCAGGCACCCGCUCGCUGGGCGGUGCUGCAUCUGGCCCCCUCUGCACUCCCUCUGCUGACCAGCCCUGUCCUGGUCCUGCAGCUGCGCUGCCCUCUCUGUUCCUGCUCAGCCCGGCCCGAGGCCACACCCUUCCUGGUGGCCCACAGCCGGGCCAGGCCACCCAGCGGAGGUGAGCGAGCCCGACGCUCGACUCCCCCGCUGCCCUGGCCUUGGUCUCCGGCCGCGCUGCGUCUGCUCCAGAGGCCUCCGGAGGAACCCGCCGCCCAUGCUGACUGUCACAGAGCGGCCCUCAAUAUCUCCUUCCAGGAGCUGGGCUGGGACCGGUGGAUUGUGCACCCUCCCAAUUUCAUCUUCCACUAUUGUCACGGUGGCUGUGGACUGCCUGCCCCAUCAGACCUGCCCCUGCCGGGGCCCGGGGCUCCUCCUACCCCUGUCCAACCCCUUUCUUUGGUGCCAGGGGCCCAGCCCUGCUGUGCUGCCCUCCCUGGGACCAUGAGGCCCCUACGUGUCCGCACCACCUCAGAUGGCGGUUACUCUUUCAAGUAUGAGACAGUGCCCAACCUUCUCACUCAACACUGUGCUUGUAUCUGAGGGAGUCCUGCUGGCGGCCAAGCCUGCACCCGUCAACAGCUGGAAGAAAGGGCAGAGUUCAGAAAAUGGAUGGUUCCCACUCCCCCCUCCUUCCAUCCCUCUCUGCCUGAGGGCUCCCUUCCCCAUCCCGCCCCUGUCCCAUGGGUAACAUGUGACAAUAAACA